CCUAAGCCUACCGGGAUGAGUUCCUCAGCUUGAUCCGGUAUAUUCCCCUGCCGUAGUCUGCUUGUCAUAUGGUUAGGCAGCUUCUUCGGUCGUUUCCACUGGUACACAACAGGCAGCACGCGAUAACUAUCAGUUACUUUUCCAUAUCAGGUUGCGCUCCGGUAUAAGCAAACACUAGACCGUUGCCGAAAGAGAUCCACCUUCAUCAAUCAUUUUGAGCCUAUUUCAACUUGAACGAAAGCGAAGCUCUGUGACAGUCAUCUAUUGACGCCCGCUUAUGGGUGCGAUGUAUGUUCCAGAGAAAAGCAGGAGACCAAUUACGAACUACAGCGCACCUUGCAGAGUUUGAUGAAAUGACAACACAUGAUUUCGAGCAGCGAUUGGACAGCGAUGCGUCCACUAGGACGCUUGCUUCUUCUCCUCAAUCAUACCGCUAUGAGAAUGGCAGGCGGUAUCAUGCUUAUCGAGACGGAUCGUACUGGGGUCCGAAUGACGAAAAAGAUGUAUACCACCAAACGGUAACACACCAUUUGUUCUAUCGUACAUUAGAUGAUAGGAUGUUGUUGGCACCUGUUACAGAUCCUCGGAAUGUACUUGAUAUAGGUACUGGUGUCGGAUUAUGGGCAGUAAACUUCGCUGAUGCACACCCAGAAGCCAGGGUGACAGGUACGGACCUCUCGCCUCUCUGGGAGAACCCUGUGCAACCCAACCUCCGAUUCCAAGUCGACGACUGCUGCUCAGAGUGGACAUAUCUCGAAGAGCUCCGAGAAAGAUUCGACGUCAUACAUAUGCGAUGUCUCUACGGUAGCGUAGCUGAUUGGAAUCAACUCUACCGAAGAUGCUUCGAACACCUCAUUCCAGGCGGAUACAUAGAGCAAGCCGAAAUGUCCAUCAUCCCACAUAGCUGCAAUGGCCCUCUUCCACACGCGUCUAUAUUUCGGCAAUGGGAGUGUUUCUGGAGAAAGUGCGGCGUUUUGACAGGGAAGUCAUGGUUGAUAAGUGAGACGAUGAAAGAGUCGAUAGAGGAGGCUGGGUUCGUCGACGUCUGCGAGAGACGAUUCAAGUGGCCAAUUGGCAUGUGGAGUUCGGAUCCGAAGCUACAAGAAAUUGGUCGCUGGUAUCGGGAAUUCUGGGAGAGCGGGAUGGAAGGCUGGGUAAUGGCUCUCGGCACGAGGUGUCUUGGGUGGACUGCGAGUCAAGCUCGCGCUUUUGUGGAAGAGACCAGGAAAGCACUAUCCGAUGAAACGAACCGGGUAUAUUUUGAACUGGUUGUCGUGUACGGACGAAGGCCUGACCACUUCCGGCCUCACACCUCGUGUUACGAGCAUAGACGGACUCAAUCGCAGCCAUGAAUUCCAUCAUUUUGUUUAUUAUUUCAGCAAAUGCAUACUGCAAGGUUACCUUAUUCGAAACCAGUUAUUACCUCAGGACACGAGGCGGGAUGGAUGGUGUUUGCUUACAGAUCGUUUGCAUUUAAGAACUGGG